AUAGGUCAUUGCAUCGUCUAGUAUAAAGUUGCGGGUAAAUUUACAUUUGCCACCAAACAACAAGCAACCGAAAACAAACGUCAUCAAAAUGAAAUUUCUGUGCCUGUGUGCUUUCCUUGGGGUUACGUUGGCUACCGAUGAGCCAGGUGGAUAUCAUCCUGAAUGGGACGUUUGCCCGCAAAUUGAUUGUCCAACCUGGUGGGAUCCAGCGAUUGCGAUACCCUUUGACUGCCAAAAGUAUACGUUUAUGAUCGGUUCAGACGGGGCUACGCGCUGUACAUUGUGUGGGGCUAGCUUCUGCGGUUCACAGCAAGAGGUGUGUCCGCAAAUUCAAUGCCCCGGUGACGCCGACAUCCCAGACGGAUGUCGAAAGCCAGAAUUCACUAUUGGACGUGAUGGAAUCACAAAAUGCCGCAUGUGUGACAGUAAUUUUUGCGGCGACCCUAUGUUGGUAUGUCCCGCCAUUCAGUGUCCCAACAUGCCGAAACAGGGAUGUUCCAAGCCCCAGUUCGUCAUCGGCUUAGACGAUGUCACCAUGUGCCCGGUGUGCCCGAAGGACAUUUGUCAGAACGCUUAACUGCGGACGUGCAGAAGGAGAAAAGAUAAUUAAUUUAACACGCAUGCCCUGAUCUAUGGAACGCAUUAUAUAUAUAUAUAUAUAUAUAUAUAUAUAUAUAUAUAUAUAUAUAUAUAUAUCCUAUGUUAUUACCUAUUACUUAUUAGAUUCAGACUUGUUUCUUUGCAAUAAAGCGUGUAAUCAAUGA